ACACUCGCAGCAUUACCUGGUGCAUCUGCUCACACCACUUUUGAGCCUGCUGGAAGUCCGCAGGACGUGGCGUCGAAGCCACAUGUGCAAGCACCAGGAUGGCAGGCUUCACUGCAAUCAACACGUCGGGAACAGCAGUGCCAGAAGUGACAGAGUGCAACUCCAAAGGGCAGCCGGUUUCUCUCACUCAGAACAGCCAUGUUGACACAUUCACGGCCGUCUGUGACUAUCUGGGUCUCGGCUCAGCCGGCCACCAGACAACGCCCGCCUUUGCAGCUGGUGUGCAAAAAUGCUCUUCAACAAGCAAGAAACGCCCCGCUGCUAAUGCCGGCAAGCGGCGAUCGAAGCGUCGCAAACCCAGUAAUAUCAGCGAUAAUGGCCACGAAGUCCAUAAAAUCGCUUCCCACGGCUCAGCAGAGACCUUCCAGCCGGCUGCACAGGAGCAUCUGCCGGCUGAAAAUCCGACAGAUCCCGGCCGCCAAACACAAAAGGUGAGAGACGUUGACCGCGAUCCGGUAUCUUCGAGUAUCGUGCAACCUAGACAGUCUCUGCAUGAGUACCUGGCGUUCACUCCGCCAGUGACAACAAUGGAUGCGCACUUCAUUUGAUUCUGGAACAUCUCGUGACACCAUAAGUCGUCCGCUGUACCAGAGCGUGCAAUCCGAACAAUAUCAAGAAGUUUCGAGCAAUUUAUCGACUACACAGCUAGCCUCAGCCUUUCGCUCGCAUAUUGAUCCUCAUAUUGAGGCAACAGGUACGACCGGGUCCAGUCCGCCUCAGAAGUCAAGAAUUGCUCGUCCCGUCCAGCGGCCAUCGAGGAAGGCUAAGGAAGAUGCACUGAACAAAAUUGCUGGCAUGCCCCGCAAGGCUGCAGAUGUUUCAAUGAGGGCUCCGACCACCAUGCCCGA